GGAUUGUAUGUGCACCAAUCAGCACCCUAUGUCUAGCUCAAGUCUGUAGGUCCAUGCUGCUUUUAUGAGCUGUAACACUCACGGAAGGUCUGCACCUUCAGUCCUGUCAGCAAGACCACGAACCCACCAGAAAGAAGGAGCUCCAGACACAUCUGAACGUCUGAAGGAAGAAACUCCGGACACACCAUCUUUAAGAACUGUAACUUUCAUUGGGAGCGUAUGCGGCUUUUUUCUUGAAGUCAGGGAGACCAAGAACCCACCAAUUGCAGGCACACAAGGGGUCCUUAUUUUAUUCAGCAAGCAUUAACACAAUAAACACAUUUUACGGAGGAGUGAAUAACUUCCAAAGGUGAACAGCCGUGAGUUGUCCAGCAUGAUAGUGCUUAUUUUCUUGGCUUUGGGGCUAAGCUUGGAAAAUGAAUACACUUCCCAAACCAAUAAUUGCACAUAUUUAAGAGAGCAAUGCCUACAUGAUGCAAAUGGAUGUAAACAUGCUUGGAGAAUAAUGGAAGAUGCCUGCAAUGAUUCAGAUCCAGGUGACCCCUGCAAGACGAAGAAUUCAUCAUACUGUAACCUGAGUAUCCAGUACUUAGUGGAAAGCAAUUUCCAAUUUAAAGAGUGUCUUUGCACUGAUGACUUCUAUUGUACUGUGAACAGACUGCUUGGAAAAAAAUGUGUCAAUAAAUCAGAUAACAUGAAAGAGGAUAAAUUCAAAUGGAAUCUAACUACACAUUCCGAUCAUGGAUUCAAAGGGAUGUGGUCCUGUUUGGAAGUGGCAGAGGCAUGUGUAGGGGAUGUGGUCUGUAAUGCACAGUUGGCCUCUUACCUUAAAGCUUGCUCAGCAAAUGGAAAUCCGUGUGAUGUGAAACACUGCCAAGCAGCCAUACGGUUCUUCUAUCAAAAUAUACCUUUUAACAUUGCCCAGAUGUUGGCUUUUUGUGACUGUUCUCAAUCUGAUAUACCUUGUCAGCAGUCCAAAGAAGCUCUUCACAGCAAGCCAUGUGCACUGAGCAUGGUUCCACCCCCUACUUGCCUCAAUGUAAUUCGCAGCUGCCAAAAUGAUGAAUUAUGCAGGAGGCACUAUAGAACAUUUCAGUCAAAAUGCUGGCAGCGUGUGACUAGAAAGUGCCAUGAAGAUGAGAAUUGCAUUAGCUCCUUAAGCAAACGGGACCUCACUUGUUCAGGAAGUGAUGACUGCAAAGCUGCUUACAUAGAUAUCCUUGGGACAGUCCUUCAAGUGCAAUGUAACUGUAGGACCAUUACACAAAGUGAGGAAUCUUUGUGCAAGAUUUUCCAGCACAUGCUUCAUAGAAAAUCAUGUUUCAAUUAUCCAACCCUGUCUAAUGUCAAAGGCAUGACAUUGUAUACAAGAAAACAUACAAACAAAAUCACUUUAACUGGAUUUCAGUCCCCCUUCAAUGGAGAGGUAAUCUAUGCUGCCAUGUGCAUGACAGUCACCUGUGGAAUCCUUCUCUUGGUUAUGGUCAAGCUUAGAACUUCCAGAAUAUCAAGUAAAGCAAGAGAUCUUUCACCGAGCCAAGUACCCGGAGAACUCUGAUUCAUUAGGAGUCAUGGACCCAUAACAAUCACUCCCCUUCCCUUCCC